AUGAUCCCGGACCCCCCACGUGUAGUUCCCAGUUCUCGCUCACCCGCCCCUCCGCCACUCACUACUCCCAAAAUUGUCGUGACCGCAUCCAUGCAAAUCCCGCUCCCAUCCUCUACCCCACUGCCUACCCGUCAGCACCCCGACCCCCUUCCCGCACAUCCCCCACUUCCAUUCCCUUCUCACCUACCCCUCUCCCCUAACCCCCACACCUUUCUCAUCUUAAUCCCCGGCUACUUGGGUCCGCACCUAAACUGCUUUGGUCGGCACACGCCUAAACGUCGGCCCUGUCCGGGGACGACGAUCCGGUCUUCUGGAAGCUCUGGGCUCGUCUGGGGGCGGGGGUGGGUGGGGCGGGGGAUCGGGGGGGGGGGGGGGGGGGGGGGGGGGGGCUCCUCCGCUCUUGUGCUCGCCGGAAUAUAG